AUGGGUAAGCACAAUUCCUCUCUCCUCGCUUGGAUCUGGAUCUUGGAUGCGAAUGCUUGCUGCGAAUUUUUCGAACCCCGACCGCGACGAACAAACUUUUUCAAGCACGCCUGCUUCAUGGAUUCACCAACACCGACUGCCAUCAGCUCGCAUAUCAAGCGAGACUACAGCACACUACCAAACUACGAAUGGGUCGGGGCUUGGCUUGGGAGGAACAAGAAAGAGGGGAAUGAGCGCAAGACCUGGCAUGACCUCACGACGGAACGCGAUUCUGCCCUCCCGUCCGAAACCGACCGACCGGAAAAUUCGCAGCAGCACGAAAUGACACAGCUAUUCGCAUCCUUGAAUCCAGAGAUUGUCAUUGGGCGCCACUUGCCCACCGAGUCCAACCCGACUCCCGCGUUGUACCGCAUGACCAUCUUCGCUCCCAAUGUCACGGUUGCGAAGUCCCGUUACUGGUACUUCUUGCGUGGCCUGAAGAAGGUCAAGAAGGCCACCGGUGAGAUCGUCAGCGUCAAGGAGAUCCAGGAGAAGCACCCCCUCAAGGUCAAGAACUUCGGUGUCUGGCUCCGCUACGACUCCCGCUCCGGCACCCACAACAUGUACAAGGAGUACCGCGAGAUGUCCCGCACCGACGCCGUCGAGGCUCUCUACUCCGACAUGGCCGCCCGCCACCGUGCCCGCUUCAGGUCCAUCCACAUCCUCAAGGUCGUCGAGCUCGAGAAGGGCGACGAUGUCAAGCGCCCUUACAUCAAGCAGCUCAUCACCAAGGGCCUCAGCUUCCCCCUACCCCACCGCGUCUCCAAGCUCAACAACCAGAAGAUCUUCAGCGCGAAGCGUCCCACCACCUUCGCAUAA